AUGGUCACUGAUAUGAAGGUCAGGGUAUCGGUAGCAUCGUCAUUGCUCGGUCUGCAGACGGCGCACGAUAUUGCUCACAUGCUGGACGAUGCACAUAACAUAUUGGCCAACUCAACACGCCUCACCCUGGUGUUCCCCUCGCCCUACUUCCCCUACUCGAGCUGGAGUAGCGAGUCGGUGCUCAAGACAUUGCGGCAG